AUGGCGCGCACAGGGUAUGACUGGAUUUGCGUGGAUACGGAGCAUGGCAACAUUGCCGACUGGCAAAUGCACGAGGCCGUCGCAGCCAUUGCGGCCACGGGAACGAGUCCAAUUGUGCGGAUUGCGGCCAACGAGGGGUGGAUGGUGAAGCGGGCUUUGGACUCCGGUGCUCACGGAAUCGUCGUUCCCUUGCUGUACACCGCGGAUGAUGCCCGCAGACUGGUCGAGUCGGCCAAGUUCCCGCCUGUCGGCCGUCGAGGAUUCGGCAGCCCGUUUGCUAUGGGUUCGACCGGCGGAGUUACCGGGCUCGAGUACCUGCAGCAGGCGAACGAUGCGCUGCUCACCAUUGUGCAGAUUGAGACGAAAGAGGCGCUGGAGAAUGUCGAGGAGAUCGCCAAGGUCCCCGGCAUCGAUGUGCUCUUCAUCGGACCCUGGGAUCUAGGAAACAACAUCGGCCGUCCGGUCAUGGGCGCAUUCCACGACGACCUGAGCGCCGCCAUCGAGCGGAUCCGUAAGGCGGCUGUCGAGAACGGCAAGCGAGCGGGUAUUUACUGCGUUGGCGGAGAGGCCGCGAAGAAAUAUGCCGACCAAGGCUUCCACAUGUGUGUGCACAAAGGCUGCGGGAAGGAGUUCACCGACCCCGAGGAGCCCUGCGUUUAUCAUCCUGGGCCGCCGGUGUUCCACGAAGGUCAAAAGGGCUGGAAAUGCUGCAAACCCCGCGUUCUCACCUUCGAAGAAUUCCUCUCCAUCCCACCCUGCACGACCGCCAAACACUCCACCGUCGACGAUACCCCGGCGCCACCUCCCACCGAUGAAUCCAAGACCAAGCCCGAAGCGCAGACUCCCCCCGUCGCGGCUCCCGUGCCCGAACGCGGCGUGAAGCCGAUACACUCGCCGGCGCUAGCCCCGCCUUCGAAUCCGCCCUCCCCCGCGCCCGUCCAGGACGAGACCGAGUUCUCGGACGACGACGCCCUCGAGAUCCCCGCCAACGCGACCUGUCGGCGCAGAGGUUGCAAUGCCACCUAUGAGGGCCCCGCCGCGUCCCGCGACGCCGAGACCUGCGUCCACCACCCAGGCCAGCCGGUGUUCCACGAGGGCAGCAAGGGCUGGUCGUGCUGCAAGAAGCGGGUGUUGGAGUUUGACGAGUUCCUCAAGAUCCAAGGGUGCAAGGAGCGACGGAGGCAUAUGUUCGUGGGGAAGGGCAAGCCGCCGGGCGAGGAGAAGGUGGAUUCCGUGAGGAAUGAUUUCUACCAAACGGCCUCCUCGGUCAACGUCUCGCUCUACCUCAAGAAAAUCGACAAGACCAAGGCCAAGGUCGAGUUCGCCGCGACCUCCAUCGCCUUCGACCUGCCGACGACCGACAACAAACGGUUCACCGACACCUACCAGCUGUUCGCGCCGAUCGACCCCGAAAAGUCGCAGUUCCGCGUUCUGGGCACCAAGCUGGAGCUGACCCUGGUCAAGGCGGACGGGACCAGCUGGCCGGUGCUGCGCAGCGACGAUAAGUGGUCUGGGGAGAGGAUUCAGAUUGGAAAUGCAGGACGGGCUUAA